CUGAAGGUCCCAGGCCUGCACCAUGGACUUCCAGCACAGACCUGGAGGCAAGACCGGGAGUGGGGGCGUGGCCUCCUCCUCCGAGAGCAAUCGGGACCGCAGGGAACGCCUGAGGCAGCUGGCCCUGGAAACCAUCGACAUCAACAAGGACCCGUAUUUUAUGAAGAACCAUCUGGGGUCCUAUGAGUGCAAGCUCUGCCUGACGCUGCAUAACAAUGAGGGGAGCUACCUGGCCCACACGCAAGGGAAGAAACACCAGACGAACUUGGCCCGGCGAGCUGCCAAGGAGGCCAAGGAAGCCCCUGCCCAGCCAGCACCCGAGAAGGUCAAGGUGGAGGUGAAGAAGUUCGUGAAGAUUGGCCGCCCUGGGUACAAAGUGACCAAGCAGAGGGACACGGAGAUGGGCCAGAGUCUGCUCUUCCAGAUCGACUACCCUGAGAUUGCAGAGGGCAUCAUGCCUCGCCACCGCUUCAUGUCUGCCUAUGAGCAGAGGAUCGAGCCCCCGGACCGCCGCUGGCAGUACCUGCUCAUGGCUGCAGAGCCCUACGAGACCAUUGCCUUCAAGGUACCGAGCCGGGAGAUCGACAAGGCGGAGGGCAAGUUCUGGACCCACUGGAACCGAGAGACCAAGCAGUUUUUCCUUCAGUUCCACUUUAAGAUGGAGAAGCCCCCUGCCCCACCCAGCCUCCCAGCCGGCCCGCCAGGCGUCAAGCGGCCCCCGCCCCCUCUCAUGAAUGGCCUGCCUCCUCGCCCGCCACUGCCGGAUGCCUUGCCCCCACCUCCGCCUGGUGGCCUGCCUCUGCCCCCUAUGCCCCCGACCGGGCCUGCUCCCUCUGGACCCCCUGGACCUCCCCAGAUGCCUCCGCCAGCUCCUGGGGUCCAUCCCCCAGCACCAGUGGUCCACCCACCAACAUCUGGAGUCCAUCCCCCAGCUCCUGGGGUCCAUCCCCCAACACCAGUGGUUCACCCACCAACAUCUGGGGUCCAUCCCCCAGCUCCUGGGGUGCACCCGCCAGCCCCUGGUGUUCACCCAGCAGCCCCUGGUGUUCACCCAGCAGCCCCUGGGGUGCACCCGCCAGCCCCUGGAGUGCACCCGCCAGCCCCUGGGGUGCACCCGCCAGCCCCUGGGGUCCACCCUCCCCCAUCAGCUGGAGUGCAUCCUCAAGCUCCAGGAGUACACCCACCUGCUCCUGCAGUCCACCCUCAGGCCCCUGGGGUACACCCCCCAGCCCCUGGUAUCCACCCUCAGGCCCCUGGGGUGCACCCCCAGCCUCCUCCUGGGGUCCACCCUGCUGCCCCUGUGGUCCACCCUCAGCCUCCAGGGGUUCACCCCUCAAAUCCUGGGGUGCACCCAGCUCCUAUGCCCCCCAUGCUAAGGCCCCCACUCCCCUCAGAUGGCCCUGGGAACAUGCCUCCCCCUCCCCCAGGCAACUGAGCAGUGGCCCCAGCAGUGGCCCCUGCUGCCUGUGUGUGGCCUUUUUCCAUGGCCAGUCCUUGGAAGGUUUUCUAUUUUGUCCUGUCCCCAGUCCAUUAAACAGCCUCC